UUCUUUAAACCCAAAAACGAAAGUCGGUCGUGUUCUUGACCCAAAAAACGUAAGAGUCGCGCUGAGCAACUGCGAGUGCGUCUCACGCAAAGUGAUCUCAAAUCUUUCUUCACGCUGAAGUGAUUGGAUUUUGAGCACAGUAAAGCUCUUCAGUUUGGGAUCAUUGCCGAAGCUACGGCUGGCGGUGAUGACAUCAAAGACUUUGAGGAGAAGGCUUCACCAUGGAGAUGUUGAUGGAAAAACGCAUGAGCAUCUGGAGGCAUCAGCUUCAGAUGAUCUUAAUGAGCCUCUACUGGGCAACUAUGAAUCUUCAGAUAGGCAUUCCGAGGACUGCACACUUGCCGAGAUCUUAAAUGAUGACCGCAGAAUGGAACAACUCCACUGGACUUUCUUGUUCUCUCAGUUGAUUGCACAGUGGGCACGAUGGUUAGCAAAUAUUGUCCUGGGAUCUGGAUCACUUAUUGGACGGUUUUUGACCUCAGCUAUAGAAAAUGGACAAAAAACUAGUCUGCGGGCACCUACCCUAAUUCCUCUGCAAGAAGUAAGACUCAAAAACCUACGACAAAGGCUUGAAGUCCCCUUUGAUGGUUCUCGUGUGGAGCAUCAAGAUGCACUAAAACAAUUAUGGAGAUUGGCUUAUCCGGAUAGGGAGCUCCCGCCUCUUAAAUCUGAGCUUUGGAAAGAGAUGGGUUGGCAAGGUGCAGACCCUUCGACAGAUUUUAGAGGUGGAGGGUUUAUAUCAUUGGAGAACCUUAUCUUUUUUGCCCAACAAUAUCCGGAAUCAUUCCAUAGAUUGUUGCACAAACAAGAAGGAACCCGAGCUGAGUGGGAAUAUCCUUUUGCUGUAGCUGGCAUCAAUAUUUCAUUUGUCUUGGCACAAAUGUUGGAUCUCCAGUCAGCAAAGCCAACUUCGUUGGCAGGAAUUCGAUUCCUACAACUUCUUGAAGAAGAUGAAAUGGCAUUUGAUAACCUAUUUUGUGUAACUUUCCAAAUGAUGGAUGCUCAAUGGCUCGCAAAGCGUGCUUCGUAUAUGGAGUUCAAUGAUGUAAUGAAGUCUACAAGAACUCAGCUAGAGCGUGAGCUUGCCCUCGAGGAUGUCUCCAGCGUUAAGGAUUUACCUGCAUACAAUCUAUUGGCAGAAUGAUCUCCUCCAGUCUCUUGUGAUAGUGUUCGCUCCCUCUGUAAUACAUACAUGUACAACUCCACUUUCGCUGCUACAGACGCAGGAAAGUUACCGGUGGUUAAUUAAGUGUAAUAUUCACUCGUAUA